GUUCAACACUUCCAGGCCGGCUGGAGUGUGCAGGUCCCUUGCGCCCACCCGCCAGCAUGCACGCCGCCGAGGUGGAUCCUCAUGUAGCCCAGAGAUACCUGCUGAAGCGGCGGCUCGGAAAGGGGGCCUACGGAAUAGUGUGGAAGGCAGUGGAUCGGAGGACUGGCGAGGUUGUGGCCAUCAAGAAGAUCUUGGAGGCCUUCAGGGAUAAGACGGAUGCCCAGAGAACGUUCCGGGAGGUCAUGCUGCUGCAGGAAUUUGGGGGCCAUCCGAACAUCGUCCGGCUCCUGGAUGUGGUCCGGGCCGAGAACGACAAGGACAUAUACCUGGUGUUUGAGUCUAUGGACACGGACCUGAACGCCGUCAUCCGCAAGGGCGGGCUGCUGCAGGACAUCCACAGACGCUACAUCUUCCACCAGCUGCUGCGGGCCACCAAGUUCAUCCACUCGGGAGGCGUCGUCCACCGGGACCAGAAGCCGUCCAACGUCCUCCUCGACGCCAACUGCCAGGUGAAGCUCUGCGACUUCGGCCUCGCCCGCACCCUCGGCGGCCCCCCCGAGGGGCCGGGGGGCCAGGCCCUGACCGAGUACGUGGCCACACGCUGGUACCGGGCUCCAGAGGUGCUGCUGUCCUCGAGACGGUGCACCCCUGGCGUGGACCUGUGGAGCCUGGGCUGCAUCCUGGGGGAGAUGCUGCGGGGCCGGCCCCUGUUCCCCGGCACGUCCACACUCCACCAGCUGGAGCUGGUCCUCCGGGCCGUCCCGCCGCCGUCCGAGGAGGACCUCCUGGCUCUGGGCUCCGACCACUGCUCCUCGAUCCUGCACCUCGUGGGGGCUCGGCCUCGCCAGGCGCUGGAGGCCCUCCUGCCGGCCGACACGCCCCCCGAGGCCCUGGAUCUCCUGCGGCGACUGCUGGCGUUCGCCCCGGACAAGCGGCUCACCGCGGCCCAGGCGCUGCAGCACCCCUACGUGCGGAGGUUCCACUGCCCCACCCGGGAGUGGUCGCUGGAGGCGCACGUUCGGCUCCCGGUGCCCGAGGGAGCCCAGCUCACGGCUGCCGAGUACCGCAGCCGCCUCUACCAGAUGGUCCUGGAGCGCAGGGGCGACAGCCGCGACCCCGCCGAGCAGGGCCUGGGGGGCACGCCCCCGCGGACCGAGCCCAGCGUCCCGCUGUCCCAGGCGUGCGCCCUCAGAUCCGCAGCCGCCCCCCAGCCGCCCUCCUGCGGGCCCGCGCGCGACCUCGGACACAGCGCUCAGCACGGCCCCGGCCCCGCGCCCGACGAGCCCCGCGGAGCCAAGAGUGUUCCCAGGCAGAGCUCGGCUCUCCUGCUUCAGCCUCCGUCCCCAGGAGGCCCGGGGAGAGGGGCGAGGCCCCUGGGGGCGACGGCGGAAUCCCCCUCAGCACCCCCGUGGGUGAAGCCCCGCAUGCAGGAGGCGGCGCCCUCCCUGACCUCGCAGGCCAACGUCCAGGUGGCCAUCCAGGCCCUGAUCCGGAGCGACCCGGACCGAGGCCCUGGGGCGAGGCCGGCCGGCGUGGGACAGGUCUCGCUCCCGCGUCCCGGGGAAGCCCGGCUGGAGCCCCGUCCCGGCCGGAGGAUGUUCAGAGCCUCGGCCUCGCAGGGGGUCCAGGGGGCCGCGAGGGCCGCGCUCGGGGGCUACUCGCAAGCCUAUGGCACCGUCUGCUACUCGGCGCUGGGCCGCCUGCCCCUGCUCCCGGGACCCCACGCGUGAGCCGUGAUCCCUGCCUGCUACCCAGCCCCGCGGGGCUCCUAGGCCGCCGCCCAGUCCGGAGUCCCAGGAUCUGGCC